GCCCCCGUCCGGCAGCGAAUGAGCGUGCGCGCCGCGAGGGCGCCGGGUGCUCUGGCAUCUGAUAAGGGAUCAAUACGCGGGUGGGAAGCGCUCCCCGGGUUCGGUGUUGGUUGGGCCGGUACCAGAGGGUGCCACCGCGAGAGGAACCCAGGUCCCCGAUCGAGGCUGCCCCGGAAAUGCUUUCUGCCGGUACAAACAUGGCUGCGGCCCUGCGAACUGCAGGAGCCCAGCUCCGCGAACGGCUGGUGCAUGGCAUCUCAAGGGCCCGUCAGCCAUGGAGGUGUCAUUUGGGUACAGCAGCAGCGACAGCCACCACAGGGACGGCCCAACGGACUAAGAGUACAAAACCUCAAGCUCCACCAGAAAAGAGGAAACCGAAAACUGGAAUAUUAAUGCUAAACAUGGGAGGCCCUGAAACCCUUGGAGAAGUUCAUGACUUCCUUCUGAGGCUCUUCUUGGACCGAGACCUCAUGACACUUCCUAUUCAAAAUAAGCUGGCACCAUUCAUCGCCAAACGCCGAACUCCCAGAAUUCAAGAGCAGUAUCGCAGGAUUGGCGGUGGAUCCCCCAUCAAGAUGUGGACUUCCAAGCAAGGAGAAGGCAUGGUGAAGUUGCUGGAUGAGUUGUCCCCUACCACAGCUCCUCACAAAUACUAUAUUGGAUUCCGGUAUGUCCAUCCUUUAACAGAAGAAGCAAUUGACGAGAUGGAGAGAGAUGGACUAGAAAGGGCCAUUGCUUUCACACAGUAUCCACAGUACAGCUGCUCUACCACCGGCAGCAGCUUAAAUGCCAUUUAUCGGUACUAUAAUGAGGUGGGAAAGAAGCCCACGAUGAAGUGGAGCACUAUCGACAGGUGGCCCACACACCCUCUCCUCAUCCAGUGCUUUGCAGACCACAUUCUGAAAGAACUGGAUCGUUUUCCAUCUGAGAAGAGGAACGAGGUGGUCCUUCUGUUUUCUGCUCACUCACUGCCAAUGUCUGUGGUCAACAGAGGGGACCCCUAUCCUCAGGAGGUAGGCGCCACUGUCCACAAAGUCAUGGAAAGACUGGGUUACUCCAACCCCUACCGACUGGUCUGGCAGUCCAAGGUUGGUCCAGUACCCUGGUUGGGUCCUCAAACAAAUGAGGCUAUCAAAGGACUGUGUGAGAGGGGGAGGAAGAAUAUACUUUUGGUCCCAAUAGCAUUUACCAGUGAUCACAUUGAAACGCUGUACGAACUGGAUAUCGAGUAUUCUCAAGUUUUAGCCAAGGAGUGUGGAGCUGAAAACAUCAGAAGAGCGGAGUCUCUUAAUGGAAAUCCAUUGUUCUCUAAGGCCCUGGCUGAUUUGGUACACUCUCACAUCCAGUCCAACACGCUGUGCUCCAAGCAGUUGACGCUGAGUUGUCCACUCUGUGUAAAUCCUGUCUGCAGGGAGACUAAGUCCUUCUUCACCAACCAGCAGAUGUGACCCUGCCUGAGGAGCCCGUGGGAUUAGGCAGAUGGCCAACAUCUAGACACCUCUGUGUGGAGGGGCUAUUGUUUAGAGAUCAGGAAGGAAGCCACAUUAGUGGAUGCACAGCCUCUGGGCACAGACUGUAUGAUUUGCUGAAGAAUGGACUCUGAAAUCCUUACUGAGAGACUUCUGUUUUCUUAUACCUAUAUUAGUAGCAUUUAAAAUUCCCCUUUCUGGGUAAAUUUACUAGUGUGUAAUGUUCGCUAGGACAUUAAAAAAUGAGUUUAAAAAAUUUGUCUGAUGAGACACGUACCAAUUUAAAAUACAGAUUUUGUUUUUAUUGCCCAAACAAUCUCCUGAAAGGGUAUGGAGGGUCCCUCUGUGGGCCAUCAGUGUGCAUGAGAUCUGUUUACAUCCUUGUGCAUACAGGUUUUUUAAUGCAUAUAGUUGAGUUUAUGAAAUAGUAUUUGAAAAAUCAGUAUUACCUAAUCUUUUCCUAAACCAUAGGUUAUGGAAUGUUUGUGAGAUGGUUUGGUUUCCUACCAUGGUUGCCAUUGCUAGUGAGGCCUCCAUUUUUUGGUCAUGUAGUUGUUUGUAUGAGAAUCUCUUUCUUCACCUCUAAACUGAAUCAAGCACAGAUUUCAGAAGUGUUCUGAGAUUCCCUAAGCACAGAAGGCUAAUAAACGUGUAGAAAUCAGUGUUUGGCUGAUCUGCCUUGGUUUGAAUCCACCGUGCUUUAGGGAAGGGGCUCCUGCUGCUUCCUGUCUCUGAGGAAAGCAGUCAGGAAAUGCUGCUGAUGGGCUCCAUCUUGAAAUCUCCUUGGAGCCUUUCCAGCUGGUAUCUUCUUGAUCUUAGUUGAAUGUAUCCUUUAUGCACAUUUGAGAAUUAUUUUUAUCAUCGGCUACAUUUUGUAACCUUGGAUUCUUUCUUCAUUGACAUUUUUAUUAUAGAAAUUAUAUAGCCUUAGAGUAGAACAAUUGAAAAACACAGAAAGGUGAAAUAACCACUCGAAUGCAGAACUAUUAUCAUUUUUUUGUAUUUCAUGCCAGUCUUUUCCUGGGGAUAUUUUCAAUGCCAUUGUCACCUUGAAUGUGUGAGUGAAAAGUUGUUCUAAAAAUGUAGAAAUAAAAUCGGAUCAGAAUCUGAUCUUCUAUAGUUGGAUUUAAAUGGCUUAAAAACUCUGAUGGAUCCAUGAAGAAUUUGUAAUGUUCACGUCUUUUCUCCAAGCCCCCAAACUUUGUUCUUCAAAAGAGCAUUUCUUUGAUUGUUUUUAAAAAGCCAGUUCAUAAAAUGGAAGUAAUUAGGGGAUUCAUAGAUCUUCUAUAUUCAGGAUUUGCUGUUAAUAAAUAUUAUAACAUCAUUAAAGUUUUAACCAGUUUGA